AUGGCCAAGACGGGCAACAUGGGUGACCGUUCUACUGACCGCGAGUUUGAAGAAGAAGAGAAGCGCGCCCGCCAACUGGAGUCGAAAGCAGAGAAGCUGCACAAGGAGGCCAACGGAUACGCAAAGUCCCUUCGAGAGAUGAUGGCGGCACAGGUCAGGAUCGCAAACACGCUGGAGCUGCUCUAUGAUGAAUCGACACCCAUUGGACCUGAGGGUCAGCGAUACAAGGACGCUGUCACCAAAAUGGAAUCACAGGCCCGUGAUGAAGUCGAUGCCUCGUAUAGAACGUCAGUGUUGGAGCCAAUUGGACGUUACUACGCCUACUUUCCUGAGAUCAAUGAGGCGAUUCGCCGCAGGAACAAGAAGUACCUCGAAUACGACCACGCCAAAUCCAAGGUUCGCAAGCUGGUCGAGCGCCCCUCUCAGGAUUCAUCAAAGCUGCCCCAGGCAGAGCACGAAGCCAACGUUGCACGAGAUAUGUACGAGGCGAUGAACGCUCAAUUGACGAGCGAGUUGCCCAAAGUCAUUGAUUCAAGGGUGGCGUAUUUGGACCCUUCGUUUGAGGCUGUGGUCAAGAGUCAGUUGAGCUUUGCACAGGAUGCGUCGAAUACGCUUGAGGGGUUGAGACAGUUCUUCCCUCCCGAGCCGCAGGGGUAUGAGCUGGCAGAGCAGGCAGAUGGAAUCCUGCAGCAGAUGAGGGAGCUUACCAUCUGUGGGCUUGCCUAG